AUGCAAUUCCACUUGCAAGACAAUACUCCACUCAACCAUGUGGUUGGAAGUCUAUCGAGCGUGAAAGAUCUUGAGUACCCGCUUACACCCGCUAUACUUUCACCGGACGACCUGUUCAAACUCACCACCAAUGGGAAUGUAUUCAAGCGCAACGCAUUGGACAGGGAUGAGAUUUGUGAUCAGUUUCGGUGCUGUGACUCUCCUGUGUGUCAUAUAGGAAUAUAUGCUUAUUUGUUUGAUUCAAAAUCGAUUCCCAUGGCUUUGAAUGUAGGUGUUAUUAUUUCGGAUGAGAACGACAAGGCAUUGUCAUUUCCUAUUUCAAACACUAGACUUCAAUCCACAUCAGAACAAGUAUGUGAGAUUUCUGUUCCAGAGUCAGCUCCUGUAGGGAGCAGAUAUCCACUUAUUAUGGCUGUUGAUCGCGAUUCCCCCAGUUAUAGCUUGCAGAAUUAUCAGCUUCUAUCAGUCAGAUCCGAGGCUGAUAAUUUUGUAGUGUCGGGUUCGCCAUUCAGCUUGAUUGUGCCAACUUAUGUAUCCAAAGGUAUAAAACAUUGGAAUGCCCCUGAACUGCAACUUGAUCUUGUUUUGGACAGAGAGACAAAAAUUGUGUACGAGUUUGUGCUGGUUGCAGAAGAUGCUACGCCAUUCAUCAGAAAUGCUACUUUACCCAUUCGUGUCAGCGUGAAAUAUAUGAAUGACUACGCUCCGAUAUUUCUUAAUUUGUCCUCGGAUGCUAUCCUGAAAAUUCCCGAUGAUAUUCCAACCGGGCCUUUGAUUCAUCACUUUAGUAUCUCAGACCCGGACGAAGGACCAACAGAGAUACAUCUGAAUGAAAAUGUACCAAAAGGAACGGAACUUGCUUUGUCUCUUGGCUUCUUGGAUCCCGAUUUAGGGGGAAACGGCACGGUCCACUCGUCAAUUUUAUCGGUUUUCAAUCAAGCAGCUGAAAAGCUCACCACUUUUCACAGUCCGCCCUUCAGAAUACUGAAUUAUUCGCGCCUGUUCACAUGUGGAGAUAUUGACGACGAGACGCACCCGAGGAUAAUUUUGGCUCUUCUGGCAGAAGACCAGGGCAAUGCGUUUCACUUAAGCUCAACCGUGAGUUUGACCGCUAUGGUGGAUGAACUCAACGACAACACAUCGUAUAUGGUUCAGUCACACAAGAACGAAUCGUAUGGACAUACGGUGAAAUCGGCAGUUGUCUUACCUUUGAAUAGUCCAGCGUACACGCUUGUCAUCACUAUUAGUGCGAGUGAUGUGAAUGCAGGUGACAAACGUCGUGUCACUUAUCAGCUUUUAGGUGAAGAACGAACGGAUGUGAUAGAUGGAGCGAUAGAUGAAUUCAUCGAAAGAAGUCAACGUGAUUUCACUGGAACUGAAUUUGUUGCUGGAUCAUAUUAUUUUUAUAUUGAUGAGCACACUGUAAAGUGA